CGAAAACACGUUCAAACAUGUGUGGAAGGACUGCCUGUACGCUUGCACCAUCCACGGUGGAGGCCGCAUGCCGCAACCUGCCAGUCAAGGGUGUAAAGACCACAGGGGAUACGGACCGCUAUCGCCAAUCACACAACACAACACCCCAUCAAACCACGCCGGUGCUGGUGAAGCAGGGCGACGAGCUGGUUGUGCAUUACAUGCGGUGGGGCUUGGUGCCAUCGUGGCACAAGGGCACUGCCAAGGACUUUAAGAUGAACAUGGUGAACGCGCGAAAAGAAGGCUUGGGCAACAUCAGCUCCUUUCGCAAGCCGCUGGAACACGGCCAGCGCUGCGUCGUCAUCGCAGAAGGAUUCUACGAGUGGCAGCACACUGAGGAUGGAAAGAAGCAGCCUUACUACGUGUUCUUCUCAUCCGACACAGCUACGCCGCCAGCACUCGCGGUCAAAGCGGAGGAAGGAAAGCCGGACGCAAGCAGCACCGCCACCAUCAGCGGUCGUGCGCCCGAAACAGCAACAUCGCGCACACUUGGGGGGAAGCAGCAGAGGCCGCUGCUCGCCUUUGCGGCGUUGUACGACGUGCACCAGCCGCCACGCAAGAAACAGCAGCCGCAGCAGCCGCAGCAGCCGCAGCUGGGGAGGAAGAUGAUGACGCUACAUGGCGCGGUGAAGAAGGAAGAGGAAGAGGACGGGGAGGAGGGACAUGGGGAGAAGAAGGGUAGUGGUGUUGGUGCUGGUGGUCGUGUGAAGGAGGAAGUGGGAGGUGGCCACGCGCACGCUUCAUCGCCGCCGAGUGAGCUGCGUGAGGAAAAGCCGCUGUACACCUACAGCAUCAUCACAGUGCCUGCAAGCAACGACCUGCGCUGGCUGCACGACCGCAUGCCUGCCGUGUUGCCCACGCAGGAGGCCAUGAUGGCGUGGCUGGACACCAAGUCCACCCCUCUCCUAAAGGCCUUGCAGCUGCUUGUUCCAUAUGAGGGCCUUCAGUACUACCCAGUCUCCAGCAAGGUCGGCAACAUCCGCAACACGGGCGAGGAGUGCAGGCGCCGCAUCCAACUCGUGGACAAAACAAAACCAAAACAGAACGCCCUCACGCGGUGGUUGGUGCCAAGGAAGAAAGAAGCGAAGAAGAGCAAAGAACCAAAGCGGGCAACCAGUGGCCAUGAUGGUGACAAUCAUGAUGAUGAUGGCGCUGAUGCCCACGUGCAUCUUUCCAAAGCAGCGAAGCUUGGCCACAAACCACCACCGCCGCCACCACCAAUGACGACGACGACAGCAGCAGCAGCAGCAGCAGCAACGGCUGCAUCAAGCACAAGCAAGACCGGUGACGAUGAUGAUGACGACGACGAUGCAGUUGUCAUCAUUGACUGAUUGGCGCAAUUUCUAUGACGUGCCGAAAGACGUUUUGAAUGUUGAAACACAUACACACAAGUACACACACGUCCACAUCCACACAUAUCCACCCAUAUCCGCAUGAGCCCGCUUUGAAUGUUGUUUUAUUGUCCUGUCCUAAUCGAAUCAAAUUGAAGAGUUGAAUGCAA